GACUCCAUUGUGUGUGUGUGCAGAAGUAAGCAUCUCCCAAGAUUUUUAUUUUCCUUCGCAGUUACACAAGUAAGUAGCUUCAGCCUCAGAAGUAAAAUGGCUCACUGCAGAUGCUGGAAGCUCUUGCCAUGGAUGGUUUUAGGAAUUAUCAUCCUUAUGGCACUUACAGGUUUUGCAUCUGAAAUGCAGGAAUCUCUGGUCCUGGGUCCAUCCAGUGAAGCCAUGGAGACCUCCUCAGGAGGAGGUGCAGUUGAGAUUGUCACUCCUGGACCCAAUCCGGAGGAUAGUUCAAUGACCUCGGACUAUGGAUAUUAUCCAGAUGACUCAGAACCUGUGGAGAAAGGAUCACUAGGACCUGGAGCGAUAUCUGCCAUUAUAAUCGCUGCUGUUCUUGGUGUGUCUGUACUGUUCAGCCUGGUUAUAAUCACCGUGAGAAAGCUGUCAGCUUCGUAGACCUAAUAAAUGAUUAAAAAUAGUCAGUUCCAUUAAUUGUGGACCUUUACUUUUCAUUUUAUUUGCUGAUCUUAUCCAAGUACUUCCAAAAUAUAUUUUAAUGCUAUAUUUAUAAUUGUCUUUAAGGAGCAGAAUAUACUGUAGGUGUUCACUGCACAUCUUAGUACACAAAAGAUAUUUAAGUGUGAGAGCUUAGCAUAAGACACACAUAUUAGAACUCAAGAAUGCAAAUAUAUAUUCAUUUUAUUACUAGAUUAACAUUUGAUUUACUUUCAGCUGACGAUUGCUGAUAAUUUUAUAAAUUGAAUUCAUCCAUUGCAUAAUAAUAGCUCCUGUGAACUUUGAUGGAUUACAGAUCCUGCAAAUAUUUUUAGCUGAUCCCAUUAAUUUAAUUUAUGUUAGAAGUCUGAUGUGCAAUCCUUAGAAAAAUUGGGACGAAGCUCUUCAUAGAUAAUAUUAUCUGUGAUGCCUCUUUGUUACAGCAAGGAAAAACUUCGAUUAAAAAUCACAAGAACAUCUUAAAUACUUAAUGUCCGCAUAUUCAGUAGAGAAAGCCAUGUCUUCUUUACACUUGUGUUCAGCCUCGUACAUCCCUCACUACAGAUACCCCCAAGGGAGACCAGUUCAAGGAGCACCCCACCCCAUCCCGCAGGUAGAGGUACAGCAAUAUGGUUCUCUGGAACAAUUGCUUGCCAGGCAGGCCAGGCAAAACCCUCCUCUGCUAGGUCCCCUCCUUCUUAACUCUUUAUACAUAGAAUCAUCUGUGAUGCCACUUUCUUACAGCAAGAAAAAUACUUCAAUUAAAAAUCAGAAGAGCAUCUUAAGAGCCCUUAGUGUCCACAUAUUCAGUAGAAAAAGCCACGAUUAUUCUUCCAUGAUUCCAUUCUCAACUCAGAGUGUUAAAGAAGAAAUUGAAUUACGCCAAUUAAUGCAAAAUAAAUUGUGUUAAAAGUUUAUUGGGAAUCACCUUCUUUAUUAUUAUUUCCAAGUUAACCACUGAUUUUGGACAGACUUUGGAUGAGUUGAGCAAUAAGUUUGGAAGCUUUAGUAAUCAAGCGUUUGUGGAGUUUGAUAGACUAGCUGGUCUUUUCUUCUUUGUCAUUUCAUAUGUUUGUAAAUAAAUAUUGUAUCCAUGUAAACGGC